GAUCCGCUGACGCUGUAGUCGAUAACGAGGCUAGUGGGCAGCUCCAUCCGGAGCGACCGUUGCUGAGGCUUCAAGAUGGCGGAAGCCCUGACAACUCAGGAGGAGCUGGCUGUGGAGGAGUUCCUGGUCGAACUGAGGAACAGGGAGCAGCGCGGCGUGGUGCUCGUGACCCAGAGCACCGCGGUCAAGUUCCUCAUGGCCCGCAAGUUCGACGUCUCCAGAGCCAUCGACCUCUUCCAGGCUUACAAGAACACCAGGAUAAAAGAGGGGAUCUACAACAUCAACCCAGACGAGGAACCGCUGCGGUCCGAGUUAUUGAGCGGGAAGUUCACGGUCCUGCCCCGCCGAGACGCCAAGGGGGCCGCCCUGGCUCUGUUCACCGCCCGCCUCCACAGGCCCGAACUCACUACCCAUAAGUCCGUGCUGCAGGCCAUCAUCUACCAAUUGGACAAGGCCAUCGAGAGCAUUCAGACGCAACGGGACGGCCUCGUCUUCAUCUACGACAUGACCAACUCCUCGUACGGGAACUUCGACUACGAGCUGUGCGUGAAGAUCCUCAACCUGCUCAAGGGCGCGUUUCCCGCGCGGCUCAAGUGCGUGUUCAUCGUGUCGUCCCCGCUGUGGUUCCGCGCCCCCUUUGCCGUCCUGCGCCUCUUCGUUCGGGAGAAGCUGAGAGAAAGGGUGUGCACAGUGAAAGCCCCUGAGCUGGCCUGCCACAUCCCCACAGAGUCCCUGCCGGAGCACCUGGGCGGCUCCUCGCCGUACAGCCACGUGGCCUGGAUCCAGUCCUGCGUCAACUCCAGCCCGGCCGUCCCGCAGAGGGACGGGGAGGGGGGCGACUGCAUGGGCAACCUGCUCCGCUCCUACUCCCUGGAGCAGAACCCGCCCCCCGGGGAGGAGCCGUCGGUGCACAUGCCCGAGCCCGGCGGCAUGACUGUGAAGGAGCUGGUGCAGCACGUGAAGAGGAGGAGGAAGAAGGGCAUCUACCAGGAGUAUGAGGAGAUCCGCAAGGAGCCUCCCUGCGGCACCUUCCACCACUCCAAGAAGCCUCACAAUCAGAUUAAGAACAGGUACAGCGACGUCCUCUGCCUGGACCAGUCCCGGGUGAAGCUGAGCGCGCUGCAGGACGACGACGACGACGACGAGACGUCCAGCUCGGAUUACAUCAAUGCAAGCUUCAUGGAUGGGUACAGGAGAAGCAAUGCCUACAUUGCCACUCAGGGGCCUCUGCCGAAAACGUUUGCCGAUUUCUGGCGCAUGGUGUGGGAACAAAGGGUUUUGAUCAUCGUCAUGACGACAAGGGUGGUGGAGCGCGGCCGGGUCAAGUGCGGUCAGUACUGGCCGCUGGAGGCGGGGCGCUCCGAGGACCACGCCCCCUUCCUGGUCCGGAACGUCCGCAUCGAGAUGUUCCAGGACUUCAAGAUCUCUCACCUGGAGAUCUGCAACGGCGAGACGGGCGAGCGGCGGGAGGUGGCGCACUACCUGUACAUGAGCUGGCCCGACUUCGGCGUGCCCAAGUCGGCCACCGCCAUGCUGGACUUCAGGGCCCAGGUGAAGCAGCACCAGGAGGCGGCCUUCCGGGCCGUCCGCGCCGAAUGGGCCGGGCCCUCCGGGGGCCCCCCGGUGGUGGUUCACUGCAGCGCGGGCAUCGGGAGGACAGGCACCUUUUGCACUCUGGACAUCUGCCUGUCGCGGCUGGAGGACAUCGGGACGGUGGACGUGAAGCAGACGGUGCGGCGCAUGAGGACGCAGCGCGCCUUCAGCAUACAGACGUGGGACCAGUACUACUUCUGCUACACGGCCGUCAUCGAGUACGCCCAGCGCCGCGGGCUCCUGGCGCCCGUCGAGUGGUCCGACACCGACCCGGAGACGGACAGCGAAUGACGAGCGGCCGGAGGGGGAGGGGGGGGUGAGGCGGAGCAUCGAAAGAGGAAGGACUCGGGGAGUUGGGUGGGGGCGGAGCAUUAGAAAAGGUUCUCUUUGACUUUCAGGAUCCCGGUUGCUGGAAGGCGAAUGACGGGC